CUUAAUUGGUCCCUUAAAGACAUUUAUAGUUUCAAAUUGGUCCCUUAAAGAAAAAAAGGGCCAAAUUGGUCCCUUAAAGACCUGCCGUUAAAUAUUUUGGUCCUUUCCGUCCAGAAACUGUUAAUUUUUACAGGUGGCGAACUGGAUGCUUACGUGGCUGCUCACAUGGGUGCUUACAUGGCUGCUUACUAGGUAAAUCAUUGCUUACUAGGUAAAUCAUUUAAUUUUUUAAAAAAAAACUUAAAGUUAAAAGUUAAAAAACAAAAGAGAUAAAAAAGAAAAGUCAGAAAGGAAAAAAAGAAAGAGCUUGCGAUCUCAGAAGCUUGCGAACGGCGAACGGCGAACGGCGAACGGCGAACGACGGCGACGCGAAGGCGAAUCGAAGGAGACAACGAAUCGAAGGUGAAUCGAAGGCUAAUCGAAGGAGACACUACACAUCCAGGUUACAAAUCGAUCCUUUUUAUGUUUAACUUUGUGUUUCUGUGUUUACAAAUCGAAUCGAUUUAGGGUUUUGUAUUUGUUUCUUUUCUGUUUUAGAUUUCGAAUUGUUUUAGAUUGUUAUUGGAAUUUUGUUGUCUUCUUCUUGUUGCUAGUUUAUUUAUGGUUUUAGUGUUUGUUUAUGAUUUAGGGUUCUUAGUUUGUUGUCUUCUUGUUGUUGUGGUCAGUCCGUUUAUUUUGGGUGUUAUUUUAUUAGGUGUGGUGUGUAUUAUUCAUGGAUGAUAGAUUGGAGGUGGUGGUACAUCAUGGGGGGUGGUUUGAAGAGUUUGAUCACAAUGGGUAUGUUGGAGCAGAUGUAAGUUGGUUUGUUGAUGAAGAUUAUUUUUCGUAUUUUGAGUUUGUUGGAGAGAUUAAGAAGAAAUUGAAAUACCCAAGUAUAGAUACAAUGUGGUUUUAUGACCCACAAGAUGUAAAUGAGUUGGUUUUGUUGGAGGAUGAUAUGGAUGCAAAUAGAAUGAAAAAUAUAGCACGAAUGGAUGGAAGAGUCCACCUGUAUCUUAUGCAUCCAAUGGCUGAGCCUGAAUUCAUUGAAGCGAUUGAAUAUGGGCCUAUUGAGGGGGUAAAUGAAAAUGGGUCUGCUGAGGGAGUAAAUGAAAAUGGGCCUGCUGAGGGAGUAAAUGAAAAUGGGCCUGCUGAGGGAGUAAAUGAAAAUGGGCCUGCUGAGGGAGUAAAAGAAAAUGGGCCUGUUGAGGGAGUAAAUGAAUAUGGUCCAACUGAUGACUUAAAUGAUAAUGGGCCAAGUGAGGGAGUCAAUGAAACUGGCCCAACUGGCCCUACUGAGGGAGAUAAGGUUGGCCCAACUGCUGAAAAAGGGAAAGGUGUGAGAAUUGAUGAUGAUGUUAUUGAUGAUUUAUUAAAUGAAGUUGAGUAUGAUGAAGACAGUGAAGAUAGUGCCCUGGGAAUACACUUUGAUGAUUCAGAAGAAGAUUGUUUGCUUGAAGAUAACUUUGACACUGUUGCGGAUGAGACUGUUGUGGAUGAGACUGUUGUGGAUGAAAAUGUUGUUGAUGAACCUGUGACCAAGGGAAAGGGAAAGAAAGGUAAGAAAGUGAGGCAAGAGUGUAAUGUUAGCAAACCAACAAGCAAGAAGGGAAGACCAAAAAAGAAGAAUAAUAACUCUAAUAUAUAUACUGUUGUUCAAGGUGCACAACAAACUGCACAAGGUGAUGAGUUAUUUGAAGAAGAUGUUGGGAAUAUUGACAAGAGUAAAUAUAAAGCCUUUGUUGGAGGAUUGAGUGAUAUUGAGGAUUAUAAUAGUGAGGAGCUAGAUAGUGGAAGUGAUAGUGACAUUGAGAAUGAAGUUGAGGAUAGUGAGGAUGAAGAUGAGCAUGACACAGAAUGGCCUAGUAAUUACAAAUUGCCAACCUUUAAGAUGCCAUCAUCAAUGAGAGAUUAUAAGUGGGAGUCUGGAAUGUACUUUGCUUGUAAACAAGAGUUUCAAGAAGCAAUAAGAUGUUAUGCAAUCCAGUCUCAAAGAGCUAUUAAAUAUAAGAAGAAUGACAAGAAGAGGAUAAGGCUGAUUUGUAAAAGUGGUUGUGUAUGGAAUGCCUACUGUUCACAUAUGCCAGGGCAAGAAACUUGGCAAUUGAUGUUUGUUAAAGAUGAGCAUAAGUGUAAUAGGGAACCUAAGGUCAAAAUGCUUAGUGCCAAAUGGUUGGGAAAAAGAUUACAUAAGAAGGUUAAAGAGAAUCCCAAUUUGAAAUUGAUUGAUAUUAUGGAGAAAACACAACAAAAAUGGAAUUUAAAGAUAUCUAAGAACAAAGCAUCUAAAGCCAGGGGUAUUGCUUUUGAUUUAGUAGAUGGGUCAUUUAGAGAACAAUACACUAGGUUUUAUGACUACUCCCAUGAGUUACUAAGAUCAAACCGUGGUUCAACAGUUAUAGUCACUACUACACCAUUUCAAGGUGAUGAGGCUGACUUGGAACAUCCUGAAAGGCCUUUGUGUCCACAUUUCCAAAGGGCUUACAUUUGUUUUAAGGGAUGUAAGGAAAGUUUUUUAAUUUGUAGGCCAAUAAUUGGUUUAGAUGGGGCAUUUCUUAAAGGAUAUUAUGGUGGUCAGAUACUAGCUGCAAUUGGAAGAGACCCUAAUGAUCAAAUGCUACCCAUUGCAAUUGCUGUGGUUGAGGGUGAAACAAAAGAGACUUGGAAAUGGUUUUUGGAGUUGUUAACCAAUGACUUAGGAGGCACAAGAGCUUGUUCUUUAAUCACUUUCAUAAGUGACCAACAAAAGGGACUACUUCCAGCAAUGGAUGAGUUACUUCCAGGUGUUGCCCACAGAUUUUGUGUCAGACACUUGUACAACAAUUUCAAAAAGAAAUUUCCUGGAAAGAAAUUAAAGGAAUUGAUGUGGAAGGCUGCAAAUGCAACUUAUGUUAAUGCAUGGCAUAGGGAGAUGCAAGAGAUCAAGACUAUAAAUAUUGAGGCAUUCAAGCAUUUAAUCAAAAUACCACCAAGACAUUGGAGCAAAUCAUAUUUCACACCUGAGGCAAAAUGUGACACAUUGGUCAACAACAUGUCUGAAGCUUUCAACUCAGUGAUUGUUGGUGCAAGAGCCAAGCCUAUAGUGACAAUGCUUGAAGAAAUUAGAGUGUAUAUGAUGGAGAGAUGGGAAACCAAUAGACAAAAAAUUGGGAGAUAUGUUGAAAGCAUCCUACCAAACAUAAAAAAGAAGCUUGAAAGAGAGACAUCAUUCAGCAACAAUUGGAUGGUCAGGCCUGCUGGUUAUGAAUUGUUUGAAGUUAGGCACAUUUCAGCUAGUGGUGACCAUGAAGAGAGCUUUUCAUGGAAUUGUUUGUGGUAAUUGUAAAAGACCUGGUCACAACAAACAAACUUGCAAACAACCACCACCACCACCACCACCACCAC